AUGGAGGUACUUGCUGGAGUAUCGAGCGUGCUCUCGGUUCUUGGUUUUGCCAUCCAGCUUGCAGAUGGUAUCAAGAAAGCUUGUGCACUCUGGGAAUCUCUCCAAGAAGCCCCUCAUGAGGUUCAAAUGAUAUGCAAAGAUUUACGCGCUAUAUCAAACAUUCUUGACGAUAUAAAGAUAGAGGAGAACCAUUCUCGAAUCUCUCAAUCACUUAAGUCAAAAGAUCGUAUUCCCAAAAACCGAUACUACCUUGUUGAUCAAGAGAUGGCGCGCUAUGAAGGGAGUCAUAAAGAUGAGAAGCUACAAGGGUUACAGUCGAGAUUGAACAGCGCGAAACCGACCUUGGUCCUGGCUCGUCAGAACUCUUCUCAACUUCUGUCCAUGCAAACUCAUAAAUCUCAACAGCAGCUCGUGAAUAUGGUGGAUGGAAUUAAGCUCGAUCUACAGGAACUGGCGUCGAAACCCGUUGUAAUCACAUCGAGAGAUCUACCAGACAGUAACGCACACUUCGAUGCACUAAAAGUGGAAGCUCGAGCUCUUGCAUGCAAUAUCAAAAAUCCUGCCAUGAGACUUGGCUUUGACAGAGCUAUGGAUUUAGCUUUUUCUACAUUGUCAAACCCCGCUGAGAGAAGCCUACGGAGAAAGUCUGUUUCUCUGCACAGUGGAAAGCACAGCAUCUCUAUCACUAACACGCCUUUUGGAACAAUUAAUAUCUACAUCACCACUUUAUCGUUUGCAGACGGCACUUAUAAGUCGCGCACCAAUUUGAUCAUGCACCCCUCUCGUUUGCUACAACUAUGCGGUGUCAGCCUCGGGGUCAGAAUUGCUCUUUCGAAGUCGUGUGGGACCUUCAAACCCGAAUUAAAAGCAUACAGAGCUGUUCCGGACGAUUCGACAAUCUUCAGACUCUGUAGAGAUGGACGCAUAGAUGCCAUUCGAUGUCUCUUCGAUGAAGGUCUUGCUUCUCCGCGUGAUACUGAUUCAUAUGGUAGAACACCUUUAAUGAUAGCAGCAUCUACUGGGCAAUUAUCAACAUGUAAAUUUCUCGUCAAUGAGGGAGCUGAUUUGGAAGUUCGGGAUAUACAAAACAAUGAUCUCGGGUCAUAUGCAUGUGGAACGUGGUCUUACGAUCUUGGAAAGGGAGGUGUUCCAUUCGGCCUUUCACACAAUGAAAACCAGGUCCGGGUGCCUUGCGAUAUUCGUAUCGAAGUACUCAGAAUGUUUCUCGAACAGUUCGAAGUCAGCGAGGACCCGAAUUCUUCUGGAGUAGUCGGAUUGUAUCGGCUCGCACACACCCCUCGAUUGGUAGCCGACCGAAAACUUCUCUUUUGGGCUGCUUCAAUGCUUCAAGAUCAGUUGAUUCUCACUUCCAAUUUAAGGGACUAUUUUCUAUCUACCUUGAUUUCUGCAAUGAAGCUCGAAGAUACAAAUAUGAUUCAUCAUCUCUUCCGUUCUCAUCCUCAUGAUAUAACGGAAGCUUGGAACGCGCCAUCUAUAUGGCGUUGUCUCGCGAAGAAACUCAGAUCAUCUGAUCAAACACAUCUUAUUCGUUGCAUGAUAAGUUACGGCAUGGAUCUUCAUAACUCAUCAGCAAUGCUAUCUUUUACCUCACUGAAGUUCCCUGAAGUAGAGUACCAGGGCACGAUAACGGGAUGUCUCUUACAGUCAUCAGCAGCAUUCUUCCGGUUCAAGACCACCUUGCAAAAUUUGGGCAUAGACAUAGCUAAAUUUGUAUGCGAUGAGAUACAGCAGGGUCCCGCCGCCGCCGCCGGCUGGACCACCCAGAACCUUCUCGCUGCCUUCAAUUUGGAUUAUAUACCUGGGGACGCCUUGCCGUAUUUCACGUGUCUGCCCGAUUGUCAACUCUUUUGUUACAACUACGGCAGAGAAUUUUCUUGGGAGAUUCUAUUGGAAAAACUGAAACCUAGAAGCGACUUAUCCAGCGGCCUCGAAGACAUACUGCGGGAACGAGAGGAAGAUCUUGUUAAGUUCCAGAGUAUUGACGGGCGCAUUUGUUCAGGGUGUGGUGAGCUUGGAAUGUCUCAUGCUACUGAGAAUGAGCAGCUUGACGCUCGCUAUAACUUAUACUACGGUCCACUCCGCCAAGCGGCAAAAGAACGCGAAACAGAGGUGGAGGAUUCAAUGUUUCUCUGAUCUAUUUAAUGGUUUCAUCUUGCUGAAUGAAGAGCUGUUUAGCUUGGAUACUGUGUCGGUUUUCAUCAAACACUGAGAUGUACAAGAUUGAGUGUGGAGUUUGGGCAGAUUGAGUUCUUGAAAUGUGCAAAUGGGGUCUAUCCUCUAUGAAACACCUCUCGACCGUUUUGCUAUCCGUCGACCUGUAUAGUGAAAUUUCACUUAAUUCAUCUUUUUC